AUGAACUCUGCUCCAAAUCAUUUAAAAGAAUUACCAAAAAAAUAUGAAAAACUUUCAACACUUAAAAAUAAUUCUUACAAUGGUAAAAAUAAUUACAUUCAUAAUUUAUUUAAUAAUAGAAAUGUUGCCUUUAAUAAUAAUUAUUUUAUGGAAAAUAAAUAUAUGAACAAAACACAUGAAUUUAAUGUUACGCGUCUGUGCUUUGGAAUGCAGAAUAACCAAGAUCUUUAUUCAGAAGAUUCGGGAUAUAACGAUGAUUAUGAUGCGAGUGAAUAUGAAAUAGGUGAUGGAAAUAUAUAA